GGUAUAGGCUUCCAUCAUGCCUCUUUAGACACUAAAGGAAGAAGUCUAGUUGAGACACUCUUUAGGAUGGGCUACAUUCGUGUUGUUACUGCAACUGGAACUCUUGCCCUGGGAAUCAACAUGCCGUGUAAAUCUGUUGUGUUUGUUAAUGACUCAGUUUACCUGGAUGCAUUAAAUUACAGACAGAUGUCAGGACGUGCAGGAAGGCGAGGACAGGAUGUGCUGGGAAAUGUAUUCUUUUUUACUAUUCCCUUGCCUAAAGUGAAGCGACUUAUGAAAUCAGAUGUCCCUCAUUUAAAGGGACAGUUCCCAUUAAGCAUUAGUUUGGUGCUGCGACUGAUGCUGUUGGCUGCCAAGGCUGAUGAUAAAGAGAAUGCCAGCGCUAAGGCUUUGUCAGUACUGAAGCACUCCCUGAUGUCAUUUAAAAAACCUUCUGAGACCAAAAUGGUAAAGCUCUACUUUUUGUUCUGCAUACACUUCUUAAUCCAUGAGGGCUAUAUGGAUCAAACCUGCAAUCCUUUGGACUGGGCUGGACUGGUUACCCAUUUACAUUACCAUGAACCUUCAAAUUUUGUUUUUGUCAGUUUCCUUGAAAAUGGUUUAUUUCAUCGGUUGUGCAAGUCAGAAUCUGAAGGUUCAAAAAUGUUUUCACAAUCUGUGAUGGAAACCUUGGUGCUGGUUUUGGCAAACCUGUUUGGAAGAAGCUACUUUAAUUCAUCUAUGCUAAGUUUAAAGGGCACAUUUAAACAGUCAAAGGUCUUUCUGGAGAGUCUACCAGAUGAUUUUGCUGCAGCUCUUGAAGACUACAAUUCCAAAAUAUCAGCAGUCUUUGGGCAGUAUCUUCUUGCUGUUUCUCAUCUGGCAAAUUAUGAACAAGAAUAUAAGCUUCCUCUAUCACAAAUCAACUUCUCAGGGGAGGAAUGUGAUUCUGAACUUGUAAACCACUUGAUGAACUGCACCAAAAGAAGAAGCGCCAUAACCCCUUUUGCCUGCCUGUCUGGAAAUACAGAUUAUGACUUAUUUACUGCAGCAAAUGUGGACAGUCUUUUGUUGCAAACUGUUCAUGUGAGCCAGAAACACAUUCCUGUGCUGCAUUUGGAGAAAACAGAUGCUUGUGGUAGAAAACUGUUACUAAAUGCCUAUGCGCUGGAUUUCUUUAAGCAUGGCUCCAAAGAUGCACUAGAAGAAGAUAACAGGUUUUACAGAGGAGCUGCUUUUCGUAUUUUACAAGAUUUUUCUUUAUGCAUUGCAUCUAUAAGCGUUUCUUUAAAGGAAAUGUGUGAAGAUGAGGAUGACCCCGUUGUGUUAGCUUUCGAGCAGCUGAAUACCCUGUACAGAGAGAAACUGGACACUGCUUAUCCCAGGCGCAGAAUCUAAUGCCUGAAGCCAUCCAUUCAUCCACUCAUUGUGUUUCUAAUGUAACUUCUCUGCCAACUAAUCUAAACAUGAUUUUACUUUAAGUACUUUAUAUUUACUUUUUACCUUGCAAUAUUGUAUUUAUUGAUAAAU